UCUAAAAACGUAUGUUUCGCGUCAAUGCAAAGUGGACCCACAUGAGGAGGCAUCACUUGUCCCCGUCUCCAUCUGCUUCGCUUUCCUCUCGCCAGAACGCUACUAGCCACACUCUUCUUCGGAGUUCGGAUGCGGCCGCCGGACAUGUAUGAUCCCGGAGGCAGCUCCUCGUCCCGGCCGCACGGCAAGGAGGGGCUGCAGCCGGAGGUGGUUCUCUACACGGCGUCUGCGUCGGCGUCGCGUCGCAGAUGGCGCACCUCCGCCGACCGCUACGCCUUGCGCGCCCUGCUGCGGGGCUACCGCCUGACCGUGGACGAGCGCGACGUGUCCACGAGCAGGGAGCACCGCAGCGAGGUCAAGUCGUUGCUUGCGGCUCGGGGCUGCGCCUUCUCCCUCCCGCAGCUCCUCGUGGGCGGCCGGCUCGUGGGCGGCCCUGACGAUGUCAGGCAGCUGCACUGGGCCGGCGGGCUGCGGCCUCUCCUCGACGGAGCCCCGAGGCCGUGCCCCGCCUUCGUCUGCCAAGCCUGCAGGAGGGUCGGCUCCGAGCCCUGCCCAAAGUGCAGCAACAAGAUGCUGGAUCACGGCGUUAUUGCCGACGAACAGGACAAGGUUGUCCUUUUUUAUCCAACCCAAGGCACGGCAGGUUCUGCGGACUCUCAUACGGUCUGCAUACGGUACAGACGGACAUGGACAGAGGUGUGGUCGGCUAUUUAGUGAAAUCGUUGAUCGCGUGGUUGUGUUCAUGACUUCAUGGUCGUUGCGCGCGAAAAAACAUCUGUACUAUUCCGCUUCAUGAACACACUUACGUAAUUUUAGACACGCCAUCAUAUUUUUGUGUAAUAAAGUAAGAGUACUUAGUAAAAUUACCAACGGGUAAGGCUGUUUAUGAAACCAAUACACUGUGAGCAACAUAUACUGUGAGAUGAUAUUAGCACAUUGCUGCUUCCUGCCUAUAUAUGUACAUUAGUAUUAGUGCGGUCAAGGAAUGAGAAAAAUGGGUUACUUCUCCGGGAGUGAAAAUCGGUAAGGCUGGCAUAUAUCCGCGGAAAUGGGUUACUGACGGACUGCAAAUCUUGUACAGACAUUAUUUUAAUCUUGAAUGAUUCAUAGUCUUGUUCAACUGCAUCA